UGCGCGAUUCAACCUGUGGCGGCCGAGAUGAACAGCUGAUCCUCGCGCAGUGGAUAAAAACCUGAAUCACCAUGGUCACCGCCGCGUCAUGAUCCCUCAUCCCUCGCGUGGCACUAUGUGAAUAGUUCCUGGAGGAACAGACAGAGGAAGAACCCUGACAGGAGAGGAGAGAGAAACUUUCUGGAGAGUGGUAUCUUUGUUUUUGGAUCAUCAGUGUGACUGACGGACACACAGACUCUACCUGCUGCCCCGUGCCCUGCUGCGCGCGCACCCAUCAUCCAUUAUGUUAUUAUCAAGUUUUAUAAUCUUCAGCUUUUCGCACUUUUUGGCGCCUUACCUGCCGCAAGUCUGCGCACAGAAGCCUGGCUCACGGUGGCUGAUUGGAGACAGAGACAGAGACAGUAACUGCGGGGCCAUCUGCUCGCGGACGCAGGGGAAGCCGGUGUGCGGCUCGGACGGGAGGAACUAUGAGAGCGGCUGUGAGCUGCAGAGGGCGCGCUGCAAAGAUAAAACACUGACACUCGCACACCGCGGCCGGUGUCGAGGUAAAAACUGGCUGCCGGUUGCUCCAGCACCGACUUCCACAACUGAAGCGAGAGACGUGGAGCUGAAAGGUACGGACGAGGAAAUCAGGGAAGCAGGCCAGUCCAAGUGUCGAGUCGAGAGGAGCCAGGCUCUGGAACAAGCCAGGAGACCUCAGGAGUCCAUGUUCGUCCCAGAAUGCAACGAGGACGGAACAUUUGCCCAGGUCCAGUGCCAUACUCUGACAGGUUACUGCUGGUGCGUCACCGGCGACGGCAAGCCAGUGAGUGGCUCCUCUGUGCACAACAGGACCCCGGUGUGUUCAGGAAACUUCCGUGAAUUUAUGGGAACUCAUGCUGGGACAAGUGGAUUGUCAGGGUCAGUAACCGAUAGACCGCCUGGGCCACCGAACUCUGGUAGAAAAGAUGAUGGCUCCAAACCCACACCCACCAUGGAGACCCACGUCCCCCCUGAGGGUGACGCAGAGAUAACUGCUCCAACACUGUGGAUAAAACAGCUGGUUUAUAAGGAGAACAAACAGAACAGCUCCAGUUCCAGGAAGCAAGAGAAAGUUCCCUCUUGUGACCAGGAGCGACAGAGCGCCCUGGACGAGGCUCGGCAGAACCCUCGCGAGGCCAUUUUCAUCCCCGACUGCGGUCCAGGAGGCCUUUACAAACCGGUCCAGUGCCACCAGUCCACGGGCUACUGCUGGUGUGUUCUGGUGGACACGGGACGACCCAUUCCUGGAACCUCCACCAGGUACCAGACGCCUGAGUGUGACGGUGCGGCACGAUCUCGCAUCUCAGAUACGGAGGAUCCUUUCCAAGGCAGAGACCUGACAGGCUGCCCCGAGGGGAAGAAAGUGGAAUUCAUUACAAGCUUGUUAGAUGCCCUCACCACAGACAUGGUGCAAGCCAUAAACUCACCAGCCCCCUCUGGUGGUGGGAGGUUUGUUGAGCCUGAUCCCAGUCACACUCUGGAGGAGAGGGUGGUGCACUGGUACUUCGCCCAGCUGGAUAACAACGGCAGCCAUGACAUCACCAAGAAGGAACUCAAGCCGUUCAAGAGGUAUCUCAAGAAGAAGGCGAAACCCAAGAAAUGCGCCCGCAAGUUCACCGACUACUGUGACCUGAAUAAGGACAAGGCCAUCUCCCUGCAGGAGCUGAAAGGCUGCCUGGGCGUCAGCAAGGAGGGAGGCUCAACGACAAGCGGCAACCAAGGGACAAGUAGGUCGUCUGGUUUGAGAAGAGAAGGGUCCAGAAGCUGAGACGAGAGCAGAGGGCACAGAGGGAAGGCAUCUGUACGCUUGCUGACAGGAAAAAAAAAAAGAAAGAUGGAGCAGAAAAAUUCUAAAGUUCCUGAGUUAAAAAAAAAAAAAAAAAAAAACAGAACCGAAAAACUAAGCGGCGCCAAAAUAUUUGCACUUUCUCCUCCCUAUGUUUGACAUUUUCUCUGUUUGUUUGUGUUGAUUUUUCUCUCUUGAAGUGACCCAGAAGGUCAAGGUAAGAGCGAGAUGAUGUUUGUAAAAAGAUGAAACACCACUGGAAGACUCCAUGUCCCCUGCUUUUGUGAUAAUGUGUAACAGGAACAGACACUUAGGAAUUAAAUUAACAUUUCCCCUGUAACAUACGGCGGCACACGGGCCACUAAGAGGAGCUUGACCUGAGUCCUUUUCAGCACAUAUUCCUGAACAGACGUCAAAAGAGAAGACCACUAGCUAUGACCAACUUUGUAAUUUGAAGUAAACGGCGUGUUUUAGAAUCAAACUGUGACCAUUGAAGUCUAAUUUAUCAGCACAGGUUAGCUGUAUGAACCCCCUUGCACUGUACAGAACUUUCUAUAUUCAUUAACUGAAGGAUCUGAUCUUUGGGAACAAAGUCCAAAAUGUAGAACGUCUGCUUAUCAAGUAAAAGAAGACCACACAGUCGAGCCGAAGCAGGGACAUCUUACUGAACAUAGUUUACAGAUUUCACAACAUGCCUUGAGUGUUUGUUAUUUUCUAUUUUUAUGAGGUUCAUGUCAACAAAUUAAAUAAUCACAGCUCAGAAUAAAGGAAACAGAAUGAAGAAGUGAGAUAAAAUGAUGCAUCCCGUCAUGAUUUGCAGUAAUCACUGCCUCCGCCGUAACCUCUGGUUCACAGUCCACUUCUAAUGUAGCUUAGUGAUAUAUUUCUCCAUGCAAGAUAAAAGCCUUAAAACAAAUGCUAAAAGGAACCUGAAAUCCAAGCUAACCCCAUGUCAGAUAGAUUUAGAGCAAGGAUUGGAGCCAAUGCAUAAAACUGCAGUUCCCUGAGUGUCCACUAGAGGCUGGCUCUGGAAGUACCGGAAACCACAUACACACCCAUUCACAAGAGACGAUCUUCACAGCAGAAAUAAACAUGCUUACAGCCUGAUUCAACAAACAAGUGUAGUCUGGAUCGCUCAAUUCCAUAUCUCAAUGUACGGUGUGAUUUUUUUAAUAACGCAGCAAUGUCGAAGAUAUUAUAUUACGAAGAUUACGAGUUUCCGAUUAUGAGAGGCACAGUUGGCUUGACUGACAGGUGGGAACACUGUAGCUGUUGGCUAGGAGGUCCAAAGCCCGCCUCUUUACGUCACAAUCACUCGACAGACGCUAGGUUGAGUUCAGCAUUUCCAAUAUGGCACAAAGCAGCAACCUCCGGUCAUGAGACAUGAAGCAAAUGCGGAAAACUGCAGUUCCUUGAGUGUCCACUAGAGGCUGGCUCUGGAAGUACCGGAAACCACAUACACACCCAUUCACAAGAGACGAUCUUUACAGCAGAAAUAAACAUGUUUACAGCCUGGUACAAAAGACAAGUGUAGUCUGGAUAGCUCAUUUCUCUAUCGGCACACACAAACGGUCAUUUUGAAGAUAUUAAGAUUACGAAGAGUACAAGUUUUCCAUUAUGAGAGGCACAGCUGACUUGAUUGACAGGUGGGAACACUGUAGCUGUUGGAGAGGAGGCUUAAAGCCCGCCUCUUUACGUCACACUAGCUCGACAGAAGUUGCAUUCAUUAUUUCCAAUAUGGCAGCCGCCGCCGAUCAGCUUCAAAACAGCGCUUCAGAAACAGACGGGUGACGUCGCAGAUACUACGUCAGUUUAUUAUACAGUCUAUGGUUGAAGGGUACUUUGAGAUAAACCUUAAUACAGGCAUGACUAGGAGAGAAAACUGAUGCCGCAUGGUACCUUAAAGAGAUCUUACCACUAGUUACACUUGAGGGCACUGCGAAGAGACUCAACUGUACGUGAACAUGAAGAAAACAGAGUAUCUAACACAGACCUAAACUUGUGUUUGGAAAUACUAAGGGUACCUUAAAACAGACAGAAACAAAUAUUUAAAGAAAGAAAACAGUUCUUUAAACUUAUUGACCCUAAAGUGGUGAAUAAACAGAGGCUACUUUGUGCUAAAAGGGGUCAGACAAAGGGUGGAUAUUUGGUGACAGGGGAUAAAUAUUUGUUGGAUAUUUUGGGGUUUUUUUUGUAAAAUGUUUGAAUAUCGUAUGAAGAGCUUAUAAGGAUAUGUUUUUGGUUUACACAUAUCUUUGAUAAGGCUGGUUUAAAUCCUCUAAUACACUAUCAAACUUGAAAAAGGCUUCAGAGUCGGGUGAUCGUGGGCUUUAUGAUCAGGCUCUCCUGGCUCCCUUGACCAGUCUCUGACAAAGACCCCCUGGUGGGGAUUUUAUUUUUCCAAAACAGCUUGAAGAGUUUUGAGUGAGAGAAGCAGGACAAGAGGUGAUGCAGAUGACUAAACCUGAGCAGUAAACAGAGAUGUUUACAUGGCUCAGUAUCCCGUUAACAUCAGCUCAUUUCAGCUGUCAUAUUCACGUUUAUCCGAAGGUAUUGUAAACACGAUGUGGCGUUUACAAAUGCUAGUUCCUAAAAUAAAUAUUUGAGUCUCCCCGGUAAUAUCAGAGCACAUUUUCUGCAUGUAAACACAUUCAUCGCCUGUAAUCCAACAGUUGAUGUCAGUAUUGCUCCGUUAAACUCUCGCCACCACACGCACUUGGAGCGUCGCCACCUUAUGUAAGACGACGCAGCGAGUCUUAUAAAAUGAACCCAGAGGGCGUCCCGAUGAAUGGCCGAGCGGGGAGGAGAAAACACCAGAAAAAGAUGUUUUGGAAUGUAAAAAAAAUAAAAUUUCUUGCUCGCAUUUGGAAACGAUUGUUUCAAAUUUGGAGAAUGACGAGUUUGCUAUUGUGGUCUGAGUGCUUGUGUAAUUGUCCUGAGUUAUGUAUUCCCCAGAGCCGCUGCAGUGGCUCACAAAAAAGGCUCCCAUUGUAAAUAUGUACAAUAACCUUUAUUUGAUUGUUUGUUUUACUAAAAUUCAUUGUGAGGCAUUUGGCUGUUCACUUACUUCACUGACUGUUCUGGAUUAUUGUACAAAAUAUAUACUUUCCACUGUGUUCACAUCAUGUCAUACAUUAGGAUGUUACAGUAGCUAAUUCACAGACUUUAAAAAUGUUAGACCAGACUGGAAAUUAUCAACUCUGAGCACUGUUUAUUUUAUCUGUGGUGGAGUUAUUCGACUGUUUCAGCUUGUGUUUUACGAUCCCUGCCAUCAUCACUGCACACGGUCAAGUAUGUAUACAGUUUCUGGUGCUUAAUCCGCUACAAUCACAAGUCCAGUCAUGUCUAAUUUGAGCUGGACGCCUGUGCCAAGAAGGAGAAAAGAAACGUCUCUUUCUGUGCAGUCCCUCUCCUGAGUGCCUGCUUUAGUCCGGGGUCUGAACACUGGGCUUGUGUGUCUGCUGAAGUGCUUCCAGACGCCGCAGAGCUGCAGAUCACAUGAGAGAUCUGAAACAACCUUAACAGGCUAGUAAUCACUGCUAAUCACGAUGGGGGGACGUAUAGUGAGGGAGGCCUUCGGAUGACUGUCAGUCUGGUGGGGGGGGAGAAGCACGGAUUGUCUCGCUGCUCCGCGCAGGCGUGUCGAGACAGUCUCACAAUGUUUAGACAAUAUUUCGUAUUCAUAGCUGCAGAAAUCAGAUCUCCUGGAAAACAAAACACUGAGACACGCUGCCUUUGGGUAACAUUGCUCAAUGUAAAUGAUGAGGCUUGAGGUGCAGCUGUUUGGCCAAGCACUGAAAAUGCUUUUCUGCUUUCAUAGAGGCCAUGUUUCCCUGAGCUGUUUAACCCCCUCUGUCACAUUAGACACUAAAAACGUCUGAAAAGAACACAAGGCUGUCUUAAAACCCGACACUGAUAAAAUGCUGCAGCCUGUGAAUGCAUCUUGGCACACGGCAGUAGCUGACACCUGGCUUCUAUCACUUCUCUGGGUAAAGAGCUGUGACAUAAAUUUAAAGUGUGCAUAAUGAGAAAAAGGUCUGUCGAACGACUGAGACACAAACAUGCACGUUCUCCGUUUUUAACACCUGACUGUUCCACUGAGCGAGGUGUGAAGCCCUGAAAAUCCAUGAAGCAGCAUUUCUAACAGAACUCACUUUUCAUUUUUGCAAAGCCGUGCACGUAUCUGCAGGUAUCCAACCUUUGUGAAUCUGACUCAUGAAAGCAAACCUGCAUAUUCUAAAGGGGAGUUCUCCUCAUAGUUUGCACUCGUACAUGUGAUGAUAUGACGCCGUAAACCACAGCUAAAGAUCCUGAUGCUGUUUCUAAACUUUGCUCAGUUUAGGAGAGGAGUUUAAAAGUGACACCGGAGCUCAAUACUGACCCCUACUGGUACAGACGGCUCAAUGCAGCCUGCAAGCAUUCAACCCUGAGUGUCAAGUGUGCACAAAGAGUUUAUACAAACUUUACAGGAACAAGGAUGAUUAUCAUGAACUGUUAAUAAACACUUUUACAGAA